AUGAUCAUUACAUUAUUGUUGAUAGCCACUGUGUUGGCUAUUUAUUUGAUGCAUAUUUAUCGAUCCUAUUCGUUUUUCAAAAAUUUAGGCAUCGAUGGACCAAUUCCAACGUUUUUUCUCGGCAACGUUCAAGAUUUCGCUUCUACCAAACGUAUAUCAAUAUCCAUUCGAAACUGGACCCAACAGUUCGGCCGUAUUUAUGGCUAUUUUGAAGGUCAUACACCAGUUUUAGUAGUGUCUGAUCCAGACAUUUUAGAUCAAAUAUUUCGAAAGCAUUUUUCGAAAUUUCAUUCACGUCGUCAAUUUCCAUUAGAAGAUCGUUCACCAAGAAUAGGCGUUCAUUUAUUCAGUGCAACAGGUGAAGAAUGGCGUCGACAACGAAAUAUCAUAAAACCAGCAUUCUCUGCAAGUAAAAUAAAACGAAUGAUACCAAGCUUAAAUGGUUGCAUUGGAAAUUUGAUGACGAAAUUAGACGAAUCUAUUACCACAGAACCAAACGGUUUUGAUAUUUAUAAAUUAUAUAAAUCAUUAACAAUGGAUGUGAUAUGGAGAUGUUGCUUUGGUAUUACAACAGACUUGCAAAAUGAUCCUAAUAAUGCUUUUUUAGUUCGAGCGCAACAAGUAUUUGCUCGCGAAAAUAGCACAUACUUAACAACUCUUUUAGGAAUAUUUAUACCUGAAUUGCAACCCUGCUGGUUAUCUUUACAUUCUUGGACGAACAGUAUAAAAUCUAAAUUAAGAGAACUAUUACCAUUCGGCGAAAGAUUUAUUGCUGAUGAUCCAAAUGAAUGGCUCAAAGGACAUGUAGAAGAUUGCAUCGGCCAAGCAUUGAAAAGUUUUGAUGAGCCUGAUUUAUUACAUUUGAUGCUUGAUGCAACAAGAACAACUUCGAAUAAUGCUGAUCAACAAAAUUCCACACGCAGUUCAUUAACUCUUGACGAAGUCAAACAGAAUAUGUAUUUAUUUAUGGUCGCUGGUUAUGAAACUGUCAGUACAGCACUUGCCUAUGUCACUUAUAUUUUAGUUACACAUCCUGAUGAACAAGAAAAACUACGAAAACAUAUUGAUGGUUAUUUAUCGAAAGACACUAUUGAUAAUUUUGAUGUUGUUAAAACAAUGGACUAUCUCGAUUGGUUUAUUCGAGAAACAUUACGUAUGUAUCCAAUAACACCAAUUAUUAUUAAUCGGGAAUGUUCAGAAGAAAUUAAUGUACCAGGAUUAGGUUGUAUUUCACCGGGUACGAAAGUUACACUUGAUAUGUACACUUUACAUUAUGAUAAUGAGCUCUGGGGAGAUGUAGACACAAAAAUAUUCUAUCCGGAAAGAUUUUCAGCUAAAUGUCAUCCAUUACCAUGGGUUGCUUUUGGUGUUGGACAACGUAAUUGCAUAGGAAUGCAAUUUGCACUUGCUGAAAUUAAAUUUGCUGUUAUACGUCUUCUACAGAAUUAUGAAAUCUUGCCAUCUGCAUUGACGAACGAAGAGCUAGAACUAGUUGAAUUGGUUACAAUUGCACCAAAACAAGUAAUGGUUCGUUUAAAAAAACGAACUGACAGAGAAGGUGAAUAA